GGUGCGGGCAGGAUAGAACAGAUCCGUGAGUGGACAACUUCUUAUUUCUGAAAGACCUCGCAAAGACUCAGGAGACGCAAGAAAAGAACAUUGGAACAAGAAACUUCAAGGCUCCAGUCUAGAGAAAUAACCGUACCUGAAGUCUUUGGCUGCUAAAAAUGGCUGUCAUGCUGAAACCCUGGACCGUCAUCGCUACUCUCCUCUUCUGCGUGCUCCUGUGUCUCGGGACAUUUGUUGACGCCUAUCCGCCGAAACCAGAGAAUCCCGGAGAUGACGCUCCUCCGGAGGAACUCGCCAAAUACUAUACCGCGCUGAGACACUACAUCAACCUCAUCACGAGACAACGGUAUGGGAAAAGAUCCACUUCGGAGGAUGUGAUGGCUGAGUUGCUGUUCGGAGAUGACACAGAGCACAAACAGAGAUCAAGAUAUGAUGACUCUUAUAUGUGGUGAAGUUCAGAGACCCUCGUGUCGCCUGUCCUGAGCUAAGCCCACCUGUGCCUCCCACAGAAAACCUCCAGACAACUAAAUGAGAACCAGUCGCCAUCAGACAACCUCAUCCACCUCUUUGUUAAAUACAUCCUCUCUUUUCCGUUCAUGUGCACAGAGCAAAUCUCAUUAACUGUACAUAAUAUAUUAUAAUAGGAACUGUCAAUGAAAAUGUAUAUGUGUAUACUUCAUUGUGUCAUACAGAAAUGAUGAGGUUUUUGUUUGUACCAUGUAAAUUAUUCUAUGUGAUUAAAGGUUUAUUGGAUGAAUCUG